ACUCACGCGCUACGCUACUCUUCCAAUACAAACACACAAACACUUAAUUUCUCUCGCUAAGCCCUACACUCCCCUUUGCUGAUCAUUUUCCGGCGAGAUCUCUGAUACUCUUGUCGGAAAAUCCUGAUCGGAUCCGCCACGUUAGACCAAAAGAUCCGAUUAGAUGGCUCCGGUUUCGGCUCUUGCUAAGUAUAAGCUUGUCUUCUUAGGAGAUCAAUCCGUCGGCAAGACCAGUAUUAUCACCCGAUUCAUGUAUGAUAAAUUCGAUAACACCUAUCAGGCUACAAUUGGUAUUGACUUCCUGUCAAAGACUAUGUACCUUGAAGAUCGUACAGUACGAUUGCAGCUAUGGGAUACUGCAGGUCAAGAGAGAUUUAGGAGUCUGAUACCAAGCUAUAUUAGGGACUCCUCUGUUGCUGUCAUUGUGUAUGAUGUUGCAAGCAGGCAGUCCUUCUUAAACACUUCAAAGUGGAUUGAGGAGGUUCGAACUGAGAGGGGCAGUGACGUUAUUAUUGUCCUUGUUGGUAACAAAACUGAUCUUGUUGAAAAGAGGCAAGUCUCAAUUGAGGAAGGAGAAGGGAAAGCUCGCGAACUAAAUGUGAUGUUUAUUGAAACCAGUGCGAAAGCUGGAUUCAAUAUUAAACCUCUUUUUAGGAAAAUUGCGGCAGCUUUGCCAGGAAUGGAGACACUAUCUUCAGCUAAGCAAGAAGACAUGGUUGAUGUCAACCUCAAGUCAAGCAACACAAAUGCAUCCCAAUCACAGGCACAAUCAGGAGGAUGUGCUUGUUAAUUUUAUGGUUUGCAAUUCUAUAGUUUUCGACUCAGGUUCUUUUAUUUUGUUUUCGACAACAGUUAUUGUCUGUAAAGUUCUUCGUUGACAACCGUAAAAUUUGAAUUUUUUGUUUUUGUUAAAGUUGGACACAGGAGCUUGUCAUCCUAGCUGAGUAAGACGUAGUAUGUGUCACUUAUUUGUAUCAGUCUCUAGACCUAUGCUAUUUAGCAGCCCCCUUAUGGAACAAGUCUUCUAAGAGCAUGUUAUCAGCUGAUUCAUUGCAAUUUUGUAAUCGGAAAUUUUGGUUGGACGUU